GCGACGGGCAACGCGUCGAGGCCCGGGUUGCUGCGCUGCGGGAAGGAGGCAGGCAGGGCGCGAAGAUGCUGAGCGAGGGGAGCAACCGGUUGAGGCGGGAGGUGAAGGGCCCGAAGCCCUAUUCCAUAGCCUUCAGCGCCAAACCUCCACAAGCAAAUGGCCCAGGCCCGGGGCGCGAGGUCCAAAUCUGGCGAAUGCAAGACAAGCUCCGCCUCGAAGCCUCGAAGUACGCCAACGCCCACCUCUUGGGCCGCCAGAUCAACGAAAGGGACGAGCUGAACGAACGCAAACGGCUUCACCGCCUGGUGCAGAAGAAGGUGAAUGCUGAGCUGCAGGGCUUCCUGGCUGAGACUGCGGAAAGGAGAGAAAGGCUUCGGGAUCUCUUGGAAAAGGAGGAAAAGAGUUACAUUGCUGAAAUGGAGUCAUUGGAAGAAACCAUCGAGGACAGAAAACAGAAAAUGGUAGAGAAGGCAAAAGCACUGAGAGAGAAUCGGGAAGAAGAGAGGCGGAAGAUGGUAGCUGAGAAACGGGAACAGCAGCUCAGAGCGGAUUGCGAGGAGCUGCGAUCCCAGUGGAGCAAGAAGCACCUUCUGGAGGUUUGCGAAGACCGCCUGGCCCAGCUGGCCUUGAACGAGGAGCUGAAGAAGCAAAGGGAGCAGGAGGAGGCCACCUACUUGGCUCUCUGGGAGGAGGACCGGCUGGCCAAGGAGAAGCGAGCCGCAAGAGAAGAGCAGGAGCGGCAGGCGCGGAAUUCUGACACACUGAACAUGCUGAACACCCAGAGGGCGGUGGCAGAAGCACAGAGGCAAGAGGAGAAGCGUCUCAAGGAAGAGGAGGCGAAGUAUAUGGAAGAGGAACGGCAGCUAUUCAAGAUGGAGGACGAGCGUGCCGAGAUCGAGAGGCGGCGGAAACUGAGGGAAUGCGGGGACAUGCUGCUGGCCUCCAUGCGGGAGAAGAUGAAACGCCUCAACCGGGCCAGGCAGGAGGAGCUGGCGCUGGACAUGAAGGUCCUGGACCACAUCAUGGAGCAAUCCAAGGAGGACACGGAAGGGCAAAAGAGACGGAAAAAGGAGCUCUUGAAAGAGCAGCAGAUGUACCGGGCAUACCUGGCAGAGCAGCUGGAGGAGGAGAAACGCCUGGAAAAAGAAAUGGACAAGGUGCGGGAGGAGGAGAUGGCCAGGAUGUGGGCCAGGAGGGCCGAGCUGGAGAAGCGAGGGAAGGAGGCCCGCGAGCGCCUGAUGAAGGAGGUGCUGGAUACAAGGCAGCUUCAGGUCCAGGAGAAACUGCAGAGAAACGCCCAGGAGCAGGAGGCCCUUCUUAGAGACAAGGAGCUGUUAAAUGCCGCCAUUCAAGAAUAUAACCGGCUAGAAGCGGAGAAAUACGCAAGGCGUCUGCAGCAAGCCAAGGAAUAUCGGGAGGACCUCCAAGCCCAGAUAGAUCACAACAAGAAAGCCCGGGAUUUCGAGAAGGAAGAGGAGCGCCGCGAAUACGAAUCGGGUCUGGAAGCCGAGAGGCUUUUGCAAGAGAAGAUCGCUGACAUCCUUUCGAGGCCUUACAUGAAGCUGAUCAACCUCCAUCCUUUGCGAAGGCAGCUGGCCAGCAGUCCUCAGUCCAUGAGAUGAUUUCUUCCUCUCUCUCUGUUUGUUUUUUUACUGUUCUAAUUUAUGGUGUCUAAAAACAUUGAGCAGAAACUUCU